UGCAAGAGAGAGACAGUGGGGAGACCUUGGCACGGAGUUGGACCAAACUCUAAAUAUAGCCCAACCCACUUUCCGUGCAGUUCUCUUCAUACUCUGAAGGCAGAUGACCUUGUCAGAAAACUGACCUCCCAGCAUGUCACUCUCUACAAAGAGAGGAUCUAAGGGAACAGGACUGCAACAUAAAAGGACAGAAAAGCAAUCAACCAUCUGCUUGCAGCAAGUGAGUGUAGAUCCUUCAGAUGAUGAAGCUAUUGAGAAAGCAAGUGAUAACAGGACAGCAGCACGUCAAGAUUCAGAUUCCAAACCUCCUGCGGCAAAGAAAAGAAAGCAGCCUACGGAGUGCUUUUUAAGUCAGCCUGAAGAAAAACAAGAGACCACUGUAAAGGCAAAGAAGAGAAAGAAGAAGAAAAUUUCUGAUAUUCUGGAAAAAUCUGCUCCAAAACCUGGUGUUCCUGCGGAUCUACAAAAUCUGCUCAGACAACAUUUUGGUGAAAACCGUUCAGUGAUUGAAUUAGAGGAACUGAAGCUGUCAGAUUCCUGUUUUUUGCCAGCCAAUGAUCUCACCCACAGUUUUUCUUCAUACCUGAAGGAAAUCUGUCCUAAGUGGGCCAAACUCCGUAAAAACCACAAGGAGAAGAAGUCAGUGGUGAUGCUGGUUAUCUGCAGUUCUGCCCUUCGUUCCUUGGAACUCAUCAAGUCAAUGACAGCAUUUAAAGGAGACUGCAGAGUUCUCAAGUUGUUUGCAAAGCACAUAAAGAUAAAAGAACAGAUUGAUAUGUUGGAGAAAGGUGUAUUCCACAUCGGGGUUGGAACUCCUGGGAGAGUAAAAGCGCUAGUGGAGCAAGAUGGCCUGUGUUUGAACUCCACAAGAUAUAUGAUUCUGGAUUGGAACUGGAGAGAUCAGAAACUAAGGAGAAUGAUGGAUAUUCCUGAGAUAAAGAAAGAAACAAUUGACCUACUGGAGAUGUGUAUUAUAAAGCUCUGCAGAGAGGGAUCUGUGAAGCUGGGACUCUUUUAAUGUUCUACGAACAAGGAAGUUGUUCGCAGCUGCAUUUUACUGCUAUCCUGUCUGCAAUUUGCAAGUGAUUAAGAUUAAUGGGUGAUGGAAUUCAGAAUGUUGACUUUUUAGAUGUCUAUUAAUACAGAAAGAAAGCAUAUUGCAACUUUUUCUGAGUUGUAAUAAUAAAACAGAUUUUUAUUUAGGAGCAAUGUGAUACUGAAAUUAGAGGUACAUUGCAUUAACCUGCCAGAUUUAAUACUGUAUCCCUUCUAAGACUUUGAAGAUGGGCAAACUUGGGUGUGAAAGCCUUUGUACAACCCAAUUCUCUGAUAUUUCUGUCUGCUGUCCCAAAGGAGACCUUUAUUUCUCUCAUGGGUGAUAAUCUAGUUCUUGCUUUACAGGAUCCUUGAAAGUGUUGCAUGAAUUUCAGUAAUUUGUCAGAAAGGUAUUUGUCACCCAUCUGUUCUAGAGCUGGCCAAAUGCAA